AAAGCCAAGGCGAAAUCUUCCCAUUUUGCACCAGCCGUGCACAGCGGCAGACCUCACCACAACAAGUGUUGAUCACCGGAUCUUUUCUUUGGAACCAUGAGCAGCAGUAGCGGUAACAGCCUGCCCGCUCAAGACGUGGUUGCCACCGCGGUUCCCAUUCCUGCCGAGGACUCUCUUGGAUUUUUGCGGGAGCAUGUGCCAGAGGCAGUGAGUGAAAACAACAACAACACUGCCUCGACGAAUUUUGCCAUUGUCCAAGCGGUUCCAGUACCCGAUGAAGACGAAUCUAGUGUCGACAUUCGACUUUUGCAAGAGCGUCGACUUUUGCAAGAAGAGUUGCUUCGACUACGGAAUAGUGUCGCAGUGUUGCCCCCCUUGCUUCGCACCGUGACCACAAAGUUGAAGUCCUACGACGAACAGAUCAAUGCCAUGGACAAAAAGAUGAUGGCAAUGGGAAAUCAAAUCGCGUUUAUUCGUGUUUGUGCCACUGCCUAUAUCGUUUGUGUCCACCUUGACACGCUCAACCAAGUCAUUUUCAACUAUGGCGAUCUGGAGGUCACAGUGUGUAUGGUCUUGGUUUCUCUCUCGUGUCUCGCGCUGGGCAUCGGCUGGAUGAUCCAGCGUCUGGAGGAAAACUCGCAACUACGCAAAAUGGUCCUCGAGUUGAAACCAGAUUCCCAGAAACUACGGGAGGUCAUGGCGGGUUGCCUCGUUCUUUGCUUCCUUUUCAAUUGCUGCUACUGGUGGGCCAACAAGGAGGGAAAGUCGGAUUGAGGGCUCUGGACCUUCUCUCGCAGCGCGACCAUUUUGAUAGACAAGUCGGGGCAGCCAUUUCGAAAUUCGCCAACAGCGUUCGACACAGCCACUGCGGAACACGGCAAAGGACAAGAGAUGAUUCGAAUCGAAUCAUCCAUACCGGGCACUCGCUCAUGUUCGAUUGGAAAUAGACAUCAUACUGGCUCUACUAGACGUACCGUAGAUGUGGUUAGACAUUU